AUGGCCACCCCCCACAACGAGUUACGGAAACCGCACGCUCAGGCAGCCCCACGGGCACAGGACCACAGAGUCGAUGUGGGGCAAGGUGAUCAUGACCGCUCUACCAAAGCGGACGACACUGUCUAUCAAACAGACGGCAAAGUCUGGUCUCUAUAUCUCACCGAAGCGACGGACCAGGCAAAGGAACAGGUUGAAUUGUGGAAAACCGAAAUGGAAUCUCUCCUGCUUUUCGCUGGUUUGUUUGCCGGAGUGGUGGCUUCUUUCCUGGUGGAAGCUCGUUCGAAGCUUAGAGAGGACGAACAGGAAGCCUUGCUCGCGGAUAUACGGAACGGCGUUCGUUCACUACCACCACCCACCCAGGAGUUUCGUCCCAAUACGAGCCUCGUCUGGGUUAACGGGCUUUGGUUCUCCAGUCUGCUGAUUACCCUAUUCAGCGCGAUCAUGGCCGGACUGGCUCGCGGCUGGAUAGUCAAGCUCAUUCCGAAUUCCACAAGUCAUCAAUCGACGGAAGCAGUGAAACGAUGGAAUCUGGACCAAACUGCGACAUCAUGGGGGCUACAGGACCUAAUCGCAGUAGUCCCGUUCCUGGUCCAACUCGCCUUCUUCCUAUUCGCCUUAGGGCUGGCACUUCACGUUCUCCGAGACCACCCUAAGUUGGGCGGAUUCGUUCUCGCCGCCGUCCUUUUAAGUUUUGCCGUGUAUCUGGUUCUCUCGUUCCUCCCACUUUGGCGCGGUGGAGAGUUCUGUCCCCUCCAGACUCCUUUGUCGACCAUUCUACUAGGCAACCGAGAAAAGCUUCGCAGGCUCUACGCCAAGAUCACGAAAGGUAGAUUGUCGAUCUUCAUGCUUGUGGAUUCUCUGACCACAGAUCUACUAGGACCGCAAGAUUCGAAGCCUGAAACAUCGGAACCCCUCGUACCGGACGUCCUGACGAAAAUUCUGUACCAAAGAUUGAUCCUAUCGAAGAAGGGAGCUCAUGUGGACGAGGCUUUUGCUGAGCUCUCGCUCUGGAAGAAUCCUUCGCGCGAUCAUAUGACAUUCCUGGCCAAUUCACAAGCACCAGCUAUCUGCCUUCACCGGCUGCAAAAGAUUGUGCAUGUGGAGCGCCUUGAUACAACUCAGCAACACGUCUUGCGAAACUACCUGGAGGUUUUCGCCCUGUUCGUCAAGCAUUCGCAGGAUCAGGAAGCCAGUUCGGAAAGCGAUUUGGACGAAUUGCUCAAGAGCUCAAUUAGGCCGAGUUAUCCUUUUCAUCGGUGGGAUAUUUUCCCGGAGUCUUUGCGCCCUCUGGCCUUUACUAUCAGGGCUGCGAUCCUCAUGAACUACCACCUCGGAGAUCUUUCUCUGGAGGAGCUCAACGAACAGCCUUGGGUUAAUCUCGUACGGAAUCUCCCGACUCGAGAUCGCCGCAAUUUCGUCAUGGUGGCCUGCAGAGGCAUCGCCACGAGGGGACAUCGAUUGGAGGGCGAACUUCCAAAUCUCCGUACGGCCUGCACCAUGGCCAUCGGGCUGCACUUGGCUAGAACUAUGGCCAACGGCAGGAAAAGUGAAUGGUGGUCGGUUGCAGACGACGACAGGCAGAGGGUCCGUAAACUUUGUCAUCGAUACCUGGAACAGCUUUUGGAACGGAAUGCCUCGCAAUGGGUAUCCAAGGCAUCACAACAAUUGGAUAAUCCACUCGAGGCAGCGUUGGAGGCCCGGGGACUGCCCUGCGAUAUUCACACAGCUAUCUCCCAUCCCAAUCUAAGUAUUCGAAAGCCGGCAUUCGCAUUCGCUCUGUCCCUCCGUGAAGAAGGUCGCUUAAUUGAAGGACAAGGAAUCAAAGCUUUACUUCAAAUCAUCAAUGAAAAUAGAUCGACUGGUGCCCAGAAUAGCAUGUCGGAUGCCUUAGAAUUUCUUGUAUGCUAUUUCGAAGGGCUCCAGUUCAGCGAUACAUUUUCAGAGUUAUUCGUUGAACUGCUGGAGUUUGUCCUUGGCUGCACCGUUGCUACCGUCCACGCCAGAGUCAUACCCGUCGUGGCUAGGAUCAUUUCAAAGUUCUCCAGCGAGCAAAAUCAUUUUCUGGAUCGUAUAUUUGGGAAAAGAGACGACUUGGACGAAAGAUGUCAAGAAAUCAUGGCCAUUACCUUCACGACCCCGUGUAUGGACGUUCGCCGUUCCUUAUUUGACGUUCUGCGACUGCUCAACCAAGCUGGAAAAUUUUCUGGCGAAUCUUUCCCGACUACUUGGAAUCUGAGCCGUAUCUUUUGGAAGCAAAUAUCGCACCCGUCCUCUACAGUCACCACCCGCUUAUGUGCCGUGGAGACACUGUUCCGCUAUGCUGAUUUCGGAUUCGACAUCACGGGGUGCUAUUUACUCAGUUGGCAGUACAUAGCCCGCGAAAGCGAUAUCAAGGGCUUGAUUGCUGGAUUUGGCGAAGCGGACCCUCGAGAGUCAGCCUCUGAACUCCACAACCAAGACGCUAAAGCCUUUCUGGAAGACCCGAUGAUUGAUCGUGCUAUUGAAGGCCUCGUCCUCUUGGCAGUCAACGAUGACGAUGACGACGUCCAAAAAGCUGGCGCGAAAUUGCUCUCGAUACUAGUAAACAAAGCCGACACUUACCGGGAAAUUAUUGUUUUCCACCUCCCUCCGCAGGUUGACAUACCUUCGGCCACAAACCACGCACAGUGGUACCGUGCAUGCGGAUGGGUCAGGAUUCUCGUGCUUCUCAGUGGCAAUGAUGAGACUAGAGACACUGUGCACGAGAUAAUCUCAAGAAGCUUCGACCAAGAAAGCAAUGAAGAAACUCUUACAGUGGUUGAACUUCCACUGCUCGCUCUCAUGACAGCCAUGGCGUUCCGUACGCCCUGGUAUAUCUGCCGCGCUUGUACAUCAAUCCUUACGAAGGUAUCGCAAAAACCCGGCUGGAACGAGGUUUUUCAUCUCCUCGCCGCUGAAGCAUUGAACACUGGAAAUGAAGAGGACAUUAGGGAGCACGCCUUGCUAUGUAUCCUCGAGCUGAUUCGCAUCCCUCCGAAGGAUUGUGGCCCCCAGUCCAAGUUCCGACAGGUUGAUAUCACCAACGCCGAUGUUGCGCUUACCAUCGCCGACCUUGGUCUUGAUUCCCUGUCUUGUGAUCCCGUUACGAAAGUUCGGGAACGAUGGGCCCAACUGCUGGAAAUAUUCGCGCAAGGCUCUGAUGACCUCGCACAUAAGUCGGUUGGAAAGCUUCUUGAACUGGCUACCAACGACCAGAACGGUGCUGUUCGUCGGAGGGCACUAGAAAGUCUUGCCUCUCUGGUGGAUAAGCAAUGUAUUAGCGUUGGUCAUGAGCCACCUUGGAUUUCUGUUGCGCGCAAUGCGGUUCUGAAAAGAAUUGUUCACGACACAGAUGAUAUACUUUCCAAGGACGACUCGUGGGGAGCACGCGAAGCCUGGAUGGUGAUUUUGGGAAAGCUCGCAACGGAACUAGGUUUUGCUGAGAACCGGAUCGCUAUAUCGAAGGCAUUCGAGGUAGCUCUAAAGGACGAGGACUCAGAUGUUCGCCGGGCGGCCGUUGAGUCUCUGACAUUGAUCUGCAAUGACUUGGAUCAAGCGCAGAGCAAAGAAGAAAUCAGAGAACUACUUGGUCUAACCCGUCAUUUGGAGGCAAUACUUGAAGUGUCUGAUCCGGGUAUACCUUGGCCUAAGCUGGCCCAUGCCCUCUACGUCGAUAACGGAAUUCCAGACGCGACCUUUGUCGACGAGCUCAUUGAGAUUGCUUUCGGGCCAAAUAACCAGAGCCACAUGGCAGCUGCAGAUUUCCUAGGGGGAAUUCUGAAUGCUACAAAGGGGAACGGGUCCUCCUUCGGGGACGAGUUCUUAAAGAAGACCUUGGACAAAGGCGGCGCCUUACGAACCGUUGAUAGUGAUGGCGGGAUGAUUCGAAAAGCAUGGGCGAAAGCCAUAGCCAGCGGGUUAUCACAUUCUAAGAACGACACACCUCAUCGAGCUUCCGGCUUGGAAAGGCUCGCCGACCUGGCUUUUCACGACCCACAAGAAUCAGUUCGUUUCACAGCCAUCCACUCACUCUCAGACCUUGUAGAGCAGCACGAGUUCGCAAUGCAAUUCUUCGUAAAGCUAUUCGAGUCCCCUCGAUAUGGUUUGCAAGUAUCAAACGACAAAUCUUUGGUAGUUCGUCUGGCUUGGAUCAAGGCACUUUCGACGUUGCCGAUCGAUCUUCAUUCACCUUUUGCCAUCGGAAUAGUAUACAAUCUUCACGACGCCUUGGGUAACGCACGGUCAACUCUAGUCGGUCUGUUCACUGGGGAUGACGACGAAGAUGUUCGCCUGGCGGCAGCCGAGGCCUUGCAGAAGUUACUGGAGGUUGAUAAGGGCAACGUCUGGAAGACAUUGUCCGACAUCCUGUCGAAGGCUUUUGAAGCUUCCCUCAACGGCCCCAAUCAUCUUUGCCGUCUCCGCGUCAUCGAUACAAUGCGCGCAGGUCUCUCGAUACAGAAUUCGCGAUUUAGAUUUCCCAACCUUCUGAAAGGCCUUGCAUCAUCACUACUCCAAGCUGCCAUGAGAAACGAAGGGACCCCCGUGCAAAGAGCAGCCGAGCAUUUUUUGCUUGACCUCAUCAACGCCAAAGCGCUUCCAGCUGACACCACCAUCGAUCUACUGUACAAGAUGCAGGAGUGUGCUACAGGGCCGAUCAUUGACGGUGGAUCCACUAUUGUCUUCAAGGUCAUCGAAAACUUAUCCAACGUCCUACAUGACAAUGGCGCCCUGCUGAAUACGGCGAGAUCUCUAACGCCAAAAUUGAUGCAUUCACUAGGUCAUAUACGCAAAGCAGCCGUCGUUUCAUUGACGAAGGUUCAGCGAAGAGCCGAUUGGUCUGUCGACCAAGAGAGCUACAGGUCCCUGGCCUCGAUCGCCGCUGAGCUUCAGACAGUCGCGUUGAAAGACCCGUAUGACGACAACCGCUUGGCCGCUCUGGAGCUGCUGGUCGAACUUUGUCAAGAAGUGACCUUCGAACAAAUUCCUGCGGUAGUGAAGGCGGGAAGUCCGCAGUUUUUGGCGUUGCUUCAAAGGAGGGACCUUCGAACUCCAGCAGUGGAAUUGAUCUCGUUAUUGUCGCAAGACGAUCGAUUUCGUGAGAAGGUCGCGUCCUGGGUUGUAUCAUCUCUGGUACAGAACGAGCACCCUCCGUAUGAUGCUGCAGAGCUUCUGGCAAACCUCGUCAUAUGCGGUCGAUUGAGAGAUUCCAAUCACAACCAGAGACACUUCGACUACAUCCUGCUACUGCUCGCGUCUGUUCUAACCUCAAACCCGGAGGCGAGCAUGGAAAGGUUCCAGUUUUCCCUCGCCACUGGCCUACAUUAUUACUUUGGUCAUGGCGCGAGUUCGGCUACUGGCCUUCGAUGUCUAAAGACAAGCUCGGAAGAUGCGGAGAAAAACGGAGGAGGGGUUGUGCAGGAGGUCGCAGGGCCCUUCCCAGAUGACUUGGUUGAUUGGUUUAUGGCUGCCCUUUUUGGUCCGCAUACCACACAGAACGAGGUUGACGACUGGCUUGAGACCGAGAGGUAUCUUUGA